UGCCUGCCUGCCUGCCCCGGUCUGGUAAAAAGGCGCAUGUGUGUUAUUGCUGUGAUGUUGAGUUGAGCCGCAUCCAGACGCACUGGCCGCCGCUGGCUGAUGCUCCCCCCCACCCCCCUCAUCUUGGUGGUGUUGUGCGCAAAAUCUCCAGCGCCGGACGGACGGACGCAGUUUGACGGUACAAACGAGCGGCACUGCGGGGGGACAUCCAAGAAAAAAGCCAUCCAAAGCAGACAUGGAUAUUUAACGGGCAUUUGAUAUCUUUUUUUAUGUCUUUGUUUUUUGUUUUACCCUGUGAUGUUGCUCUUGCCCCGGGGGUGUUAAUUAAACCUGCUCGAUGUCUCUCAUCAGUUUAUAACCGAAACAAAAUGAGGAUUUCUUCUCGCGACUGGUUUCUGUUGAUAUUCUCUGGCUUUUGGGGACUGACAAUGGGUGCUUUCCCGAGCAGCGUUCAGAUCGGCGGUCUGUUCAUCAGAAACACUGAUCAGGAGUACACUGCCUUUCGUUUGGCAAUCUUCCUGCACAACACCAGCCCCAACGCCUCGGAAGCCCCAUUCAACCUGGUGCCUCACGUGGACAACAUCGAGACGGCAAACAGCUUCGCCGUCACCAACGCCUUUUGCUCCCAGUACUCCCGCGGUGUCUUCGCCAUCUUCGGCCUGUACGACAAGCGCUCGGUGCACACGUUGACGUCCUUCUGCAGCGCCCUGCACAUCUCCCUCAUCACGCCCAGCUUCCCCACCGAGGGCGAGAGCCAGUUCACCCUGCAGCUCCGGCCGUCCAUCCGGGGGGCGCUCCUGUCCCUCCUCGACCACUACGACUGGAACAAGUUCGUCUUCCUGUACGACACCGACCGGGGAUACGCCAUCCUGCAAGCCAUCAUGGAGAAGGCAGGACAAAACAACUGGCAGGUCAGCGCCAUCUGCGUGGAAAACUUCAACGAUGCCAGUUACCGACGGCUGCUGGAUGAUCUGGACCGGAGACAGGAGAAGAAGUUCGUCAUCGACCUUGAGGCUGAGAGAUUGCAGAACAUGCUGGAACAGAUCGUCAGUGUCGGGAAACACGUCAAAGGCUACCAUUACAUCAUGGCCAACCUGGGUUUUAAGGACAUCAACCUAGAGCGCUUUAUGCACGGAGGAGCCAACGUGACAGGCUUCCAGCUGGUCGACUUCAGCAACCCCAUGGUCAUCAAACUGAUGCAGCGCUGGAACAAGCUGGAUCAGAGGGAGUACCCGGGCUCGGACGCCCCGCCCAAGUACACCUCAGCGCUGACAUACGACGGGGUGAUGGUGAUGGCAGAGGCCUUCAGGAACCUGCGCAGGCAGAAGGUGGACAUUUCCAGACGGGGGAACGCUGGUGACUGUCUCGCCAACCCCGCCGCCCCGUGGAACCAAGGCAUUGACAUGGAGCGUACUCUCAAACAGGUCCGGCUGCAGGGAUUAACAGGUAAUGUCCAGUUUGACCACUAUGGCCGCAGGGUCAACUACACUAUGGACGUGUUUGAACUGAAGAAUAAUGGACCCAGACGGAUCGGUUAUUGGAACGACGCAGACAAACUGGUGCUGAUCCAGGACUCUCCGCUGCUUCCAAAUGACACUUCUGGCAUGGAGAACCGCACGGUUGUCGUCACUACCAUCAUGGAGGGUCCCUAUGUGAUGCUCAAGAAGAACUGGGAGAUGUACGAGGGCAAUGACCAGUAUGAGGGAUACUGCGUGGACCUGGCCUCUGAGAUCGCCAAACACAUCGGCAUCAAGUAUAAAAUCUCCAUCGUUCCCGACGGAAAGUACGGUGCCAGGGACCCAGAGACGAAGAUUUGGAACGGCAUGGUCGGGGAGCUGGUGUACGGGAAAGCGGAAAUCGCUGUGGCCCCUUUGACUAUCACGUUGGUCCGGGAGGAGGUGAUCGACUUCUCCAAGCCCUUCAUGUCGCUGGGCAUUUCCAUCAUGAUCAAGAAGCCCCAAAAAUCCAAACCAGGGGUGUUCUCCUUCCUGGACCCGUUGGCCUACGAGAUCUGGAUGUGCAUCGUGUUCGCCUAUAUCGGCGUGAGCGUGGUGCUCUUCCUGGUCAGCCGCUUCAGCCCGUACGAAUGGCACACCGAGGAGCCCGAAGAGGGCACCGACGGUCCGCCAAGCGACCAGCCCCCCAAUGAGUUUGGUAUCUUCAACUCCCUCUGGUUCUCCCUGGGCGCCUUCAUGCAGCAGGGCUGUGACAUCUCCCCCAGAUCGUUAUCGGGCCGAAUUGUCGGAGGAGUGUGGUGGUUCUUCACUCUCAUCAUCAUCUCGUCCUACACGGCUAACCUGGCUGCCUUCCUCACUGUGGAGAGGAUGGUUUCCCCCAUAGAGAGCGCAGAGGACCUGGCCAAGCAGACAGACAUCGCCUACGGCACAUUGGACUCUGGCUCGACCAAAGAGUUCUUCAGGCGGUCCAAAAUCGCCGUCUACGAGAAGAUGUGGGGAUACAUGAAGUCUGCUGAGCCCACGGUCUUCACCAAGACCACGGCUGAGGGCGUGGCACGGGUCCGCAAGUCCAAAGGGAAAUACGCCUUCCUCUUGGAGUCCACCAUGAAUGAGUACACAGAACAACGCAAGCCAUGCGACACAAUGAAAGUGGGAGGAAACUUGGACUCCAAAGGCUACGGAGUAGCUACACCCAAGGGUUCACAGUUAAGCUCUCCACAUCAGGUAAAUCUUUGUGCUUGUGCUUGCUGUUUGGGCAGAGAUGUUGGAAUGGCAUGCUCGAAGGCUUGAGUAAACUUCUGAAAAUGUCUAAUUUAGAAAAUACCAUUUAGGAUAAUCUGCAUUUAUAUAUACAGAUGUAAUUAGCAGAGAGAUGUUUCACUAAUGCUACUUCAGCUUUCCUUCAUGGUUGACUGGUUCUUUCUUUUCAACUAAGUGACUGAAAUAGUGUUUUGGGAGCCAUUUGAAUGCUCAGCCCUGGGUAACUCUGCCAGACUCUGUCACUGCCUCCCGCACAUAGUGGAAUUUACAGACCUGCCAGAGAAUACAGUGUCAUUACUGUGGGGAGUUGCACUUUCAAUCCGCACACUCAUCGAUCAAAGCCCGCCGGCAAGGUCUCACUGAAGGGAGUGGAUAUAUGUACUAAAGGCAAAAUUUCACAGGUGUGUGCGUGCACACGUCUGCAAACCAGUGGAGAUCAGCUUCAUGAUUGCUUGCACUUUCAUUUUCUCCUGCGGAGGUACAAGAAAAUGUUAGAAAAUUUCAGAGCGAGCCUUUUAUAAAGGCUCUAAGCAACUCUGCUGUAUAAAUACAUGAAGCACGACUAUCACUGAUCGUAUGUAAUUAGUGGGUGCACUGAAAACAAGAGCCAAACAUAAAGGUUUUUAUUCUUCGUACAAGCAAAGUAAUUUGUUUCAACUCCUCACAGGUGGUAAAUCCAACCCUUUUAGCUGUUUUCUGUAAAUUCCUCUGCACAUGAAGCCCGAAGUAGAGCAGAACAGCUGCUGGUUUGUUUUGCAGCCAGGCUGGUGCCAGUUUUCAGCCACUGCUUUGACCAGGAAGAGUCCCUGACAGAUCACGGUAGUUCCCCCCUCCUCUUCCAGGCCUCCAUCUUUGUUUUUUUGGGGAUUAUCAUCUUCUGUCAGUCACUUGUCCGGAUACCAGCGAGGAAACACACCAGCAACAUGGAGAGCAGGUGACAUGGUUGGUCAAGGCUGUUAUUUUCACAUGGCUCCGCAAACAUCGCCAAGCUAAAACUGAAAUAUCAGCUGUGUCACUUUGUCUUUCUGAUCCAUUUCCAUUUCUGACUGUUUUUUAUUUUUCAUAAUGAUGCAAAUAAAUUAAAAGGAUCAAAAUGCACGCUGAGGCAAAUCUCUCUCUAUUGUCAGACUUCACUACGGCAGCCUUCUAAAGGAGCCAUGAAAUUAUAACGCAACACUUAUUUUAAACGGCUUUUCAGAGACAUUUUAUGCAAGUCAAUCAUGAUUUUCCAGAACAGCUUAAUGCUCAGAAAUCCUGUGAGCUUUGAAUUGGCUGACGUACACACACCAUAUACAUGUGUAAAACAGGUCCAAAUUAUUUGGAGGUGUCUGGUUCUCAACAUGCUGGCUGGUGCAGAUAUUUUUUGGCUGGCGGUACCUACUGCCAACAUCUUGUGCCAAUAUUUAAUGUUUUAAGAUGGACAAUUUCCAUGCCAAAAAAAGAAGAAAGAAAAAAAAUGAAUUACUCAGUUAAUUAUCCGUUAGGGUAGAAAAACAUUAUGUGACAUGUACAUAUCUACAUGCAUGAAUAAAUUGCAUUGGUAUAUCUAUGAGUUCACAGCUGAUGUUGGCUGCUGUAGAUGAUUCAUUCGAGUGGUUUUUACAGUGCCUGAUCAAUACAGGAAUGUUGUGUUGUUAUGUCGCCUCACUGUGCUGUGUAAAAGGUAUGAUCGCAGAAUGGGGUGACAGAGUCAUCUUACCUGUAAACCACCACAGGAGGUAGUAACAGUACCGAAACGUGUCUGUAUUAACUGGACAGCUGGUAGGACGGGACCAUGAGCAGGUCGGGUGUUUUGACGACAUAUUAUGUGCGUGACCUACUGCAAGAGAUUUAAAAGUAGCUGUUAGCAGUUAGUGGCUAACUCAAAGAAGAACAGCAGCUGUAUAUGUACAUGACUUGGGAAAACAAUGAGAUCUGGGAGCUCCUUACCCUCUGAGCAGAGGGCGAGAUCAGCUGCCACAUAACAGAGGCGGUACAUGAUUGUUAUUGACAUGUCAGUGCUAUUUUUAUUAUUUAUAAAGCACUGACAUGGUAUAUGUUACACUAGAGACUGAUGCUGUUGUGUUACACGUCAUGCCCGUCACAUCUGCUUUAAUUCUGUAAUGCCUGGCAUGCUGUCUUAAAUCACACACAGCAGCAGAAUAAUGCUGCUGUCGUUUGGUUCUGUGUGGAAAAAGGCGUAAAGAAGGGAUGUUGUAGCAGCCCUACAGCGCAGCAUCUUCGUCAAAAAGGCUUUGGUUAAUUUUUGAGGCCUGAGGUGGUAAAACUACACAAACUUUGGUCACAAACCAAACUACUGAACAAACUGAAAUUUUGACCAGACAAUGGCAUUAAAGAAUAAGGAAACAGUAAAUGUCUCUUGGGGCAAACUAUCAAGUAUCGGUGUGAUAUGUCACUGGGUAAUUUAAAAUUUUGAUUUGAUGGUGGUGCUAGAUUUAAAAGUUGGUAUUACCAAAGUCUCUGGGAAUCAUCCUCUGGGAACCAUGAAUGUUUGUUCAGUAUUGAGAUGUUUUCGUCCUAUCUACAAUGUUGUAUUACCAGAUAAUUAGAUAAAGAUAAUUAAAAAAAAAUCUAUGGAAAAAAGAUUUUUUUUAUUCUUGAUGGGAUUCGUUGAGGAGAAACCUGUUUUGUUUUUUUGUCUUCUUCUUCCCUAUGUUGUUAAUCUUUUGCUGGCAGAUUCAGUGAGCUCCCAUUUACAUAGCCACAAAUAUUGCUGCUUUGUCACGCCCCUCAGCAUGUGAUAUUGACACCAAAGGCACCCUUUAACGUGUUUAUGAGAGGAACUGGGCUUUCAUCUAACUCCAGUGUAAACCCAUCCGCGACAAUACUUGACACUGAGAGCAACUGAUGUAGCAUAAAGAGCAAGACGGUCCAUAUAGGGUGGGAGGGGAGGUGGAUUGGUCAAACAAAACUGAACUUUCACACAGGAGACUGCUGUUCAUCUCCUGUGUGAAACUAAAAGUCUGUUGUUUUAACACAACGUUAUGCAAUUUAUGUAUAGUACAUGAUGUACUUAUUUUGACCCAAUAUAUGAUCUUUUCUAAACCUCACCAAAUAUUUUUUUGUUUUGAUUUGUUUUUAAAUUGCAGGCAAAUAAUAAUACACAAAGCACAUAUGACAACAUGACAUGACAGUAUGGCCUCACAAAGAAAAACAAAGCAAAACAAAAACAAACAAAACAAAAGUUAGACUUACGCAGACCAAAAUGGAUGAAAGAGAGGACAUGUAAAAGUUAUUUGGAUCAAAGUUAAUAGUACUAGUAAAAAAUAAAUAAAUAAAUAACAUUUAUAUGGCAGGUACAGUGUAAUUAUAAUUCUAUAUAUUUCCACUCUUUACUAGAGCAAAUUUUGUCCCAUUUCAUGUGAUGUUGUGCUACUUUGCAAUGGUUUGUAGCAAUAUCCUUUUCCAGAAAUUGACAUUGCACUGUAUUUUUCAGGAAACUAAAAUUCAACUUUUUUCUUGAUUGAGCUUUAAAUAGAAAUAUUUUACCCAACAGAAUAAUUGUGUUUAUUAUUUGGGGACAGUUUUCAUCACAGGACCCCCAGUAAAAUGUUUAAAGAUGUUAGUUCAAUGGAAAUGUUGAGAGGCCCCAGCCAGCCUUGGAUAUCAGUAGAAAAACAAAUGCAACUGGUCUUCCUCUUCCUAAUCAAGUAGUUUUUGUUGCCUAAACCUAACCACAACCAUUUCUCAACAUUAACCAAUGUGUUUCAGCUAUGCGUCACAUAAAUACACUUGAGGGUGCCCUGUGUGUCGCAAUGAGAUGCCAAGGAGCGUGACAAAACAUUGGGAUAUCAUGACCUGAGAAUGGGAGCAGCUAGUGAUAGCAAGCAUAAGGUAAUGCUAACGCUAAAACUCUGCUUCAGCGUUCUUUUUAAUGUUUCAAGCUGAUAAGUUUUAAAAACUACGAACCAGUAAAAGCUUUCAAAUAUGUACAUGACGGCUGCAUUGAUAUCAAAUUAAAACGGCACAUUAAAGUGGAGAGAUUUGUGUUCAGCGUGUGUUCGGGUCCUGGGAUGUAACCAUUUAGAGCAUUAACGCACUUUUCCACCUUUGUCCCUCUCUUACUGCUACUCCCCCCUCCCCCCCUUCUCUUCCUUCCCUCCCAAAUUGGACAGCAUACUCACCCCCUCUCACCAAAUAUGUUUUAUCGUUUUCAAGAAGUGCAGUUAACCUGGCAGUGUUAAAACUCAAUGAGCAAGGCCUGUUGGACAAAUUGAAAAACAAGUGGUGGUACGACAAAGGAGAGUGUG